AUGGGUACCAGAUCAAAACAGCCUACUAAACCAAAACAGGCUCCCGAAUCAAAAUCUUCACCCGAAUCAAAACAGUCUACCAAAUCAAAACAGCCUACCAAAUCAGAACAGCCUCCCGAAUCAAAAAAGUCUACCAUAUCAAAGCGGUCUACCACAUCGAAGCCGGGAAGCGGGCCGAAAAUAACAGAGGUCCAGGAGGGCUCGCCAAAGCCGUUUGCCUUUGAAUAUGUACCUGUCUCCGAUGAAAAGACGUAUGAUGACUGCUAUGAGAAAUCAAUCCUGAGAAACACGCAACUCCAUCUCGUCUACAACAAAGACAAGGUGUUGGUGGGGCUGCGUUGUCCCCUGUAUGUGUACAACUGGUCCGUACAUGGGGUCUUGCCGCCAGAGCACCCGAAGCCGGGUCCAGAACUGGAGAAUUCAUUGAGGGAAGCAAUCGUGUUGCGGUUCCCCAAGAUUCCUCCGGAGGAGGGGACACAGGUCGCGAAGUUCGCGCUCGCCGACCCUGACCGCGUCGGCCACGCAACUCAGCAUUCUCUAGACACACGCGCCGAGUUUGCAGUGGAAGCGUGGGUCCGCCACAAAAAAACCGAUUACGAGAGCCUCCUUCGCUCGGGGAUGGAUAGGAAGAAAGCGCUAUUGAUAAUUCGGCCCCAGUGGCAGCAACAGUUAGCAGAGUGGCGCGGACCGCGUACUAGGAAGGAGCCGGGGGCGCGCCCUCGAAACGCCGCUACAGACAAAGUUACAAAGGAAGCCAAGGCAAAGGCGGCGCUCGUCCAAGCCAUACGGACCCUGAAAGCCUUGGUGGGCGACCCGGAUCACACACCCGGUGGCCGGUCUCGGAGCCGCCGGGGGGCUCUCCCGUCCUCCACCCUAGCCGCCGCCGUGACCACGGGGCGCUACAACACCAGGCGGCGCGCCAAACUCGCUGCCCGCGCUGCCGCCCAACAGAGGAUUAUGGAGACCCGGGCCCCCGUGACCGCCUCCGGGUAUGUCGAUGGCUUCGAUGAGGAUGUUGGCACUUUUUACGACGACGACGACGACGACGUCUUAAUGUUGGAUGAUCUGGAAGACUGGUACAGCGACUGGUCCGGUGCGUCCGGUUUUACUGAGUGA